CGACGCGGCGGCCGUCUCCGGGAUGGCCGCCUCCUAGCUAGCCAGACGCAAUUUCCGGCGGAGCCCCCCGCCCUCCCCUGUUCCGCGGGUGAUAGAGAUCCGGGUUCUUGUCGCAGGAUUGCAGAUGCGCAAAACGUAGUUUAUCAGCUCUUCCUAAUUCAACAUGUGGAGUUUUGCAUCAAAUGCCAUAGCUGGAAGUAUAAAGAAAAAGGCACAGCCACCCAAUCCUGAUUGCUCUGAUGAUGAUGUUUCUUCAUGUGCAAGUAGAGAGGAAGGCCUUGAAUGUCCAAUAUGCUGCGAAUCAUUCAACAUUGUGGAGAACAUUCCAUAUGUCUUGUGGUGUGGUCACACGAUGUGCAAGAACUGUAUCCUAGGUCUUCAAUGGGCUGUUGUCAAGUUCCCAACCCUUCCUGUCCAGCUGCCUCUCUUCAUCUCAUGUCCUUGGUGCAACCUAUUAUCUUUCCGGCUGGUGUACAAGGGCAACCUCAAGUUCCCGCGCAAGAACUACUUCCUGCUGUGGAUGGUUGAGAGCAUGAACGGUGAGCGAGCAAAGUUCCAUUCGUCUGGUCACGAAGGGCACCACUCGUCAGGUCCUUGCAAUGGUGGCACGAGUUCAAGUCAACACCACCGAAGAACCUCAACGGCACGAGCGGAGAUCUCUUCUGCCAGAGACAGAAUUAACGUUGGCAACACUUCCAAUACUGACAACUUCAACGUGUCCCUCUCCCUCCACAAGCUUAUUGUGUGCUUCCUACAGCUGACAGCCAAGUUCCCACUCGUGAUAAUGUUCCUUCUCAUAGUUCUCUACGCGGUCCCUGCCAGUGCUGCAGUUCUGCUCCUGUAUUUUCUUAUCACAUUUUUGUUUGCGCUGCCAUCAGCUUUGAUCCUCUACUUCGCCUAUCCCACAUUGGAUUGGCUUGUGAGAGAGAUAUUCACUUAAUCUGUGCUGUUGGAAAUGUUAGUACGCUGUAUACCUCUGCAAGACAAGUUUCAUGAUAUCACUUGCUGUUAUGGGCUCUGUAUAGAUUUCCCUUCUUUUUUCUCUUUUCUUUUCUUUCUACUCUGGCCUUCUGGGGCUGUAAUUUGUUGCAACUGUCUACUCAUUGAAACUGUUGUUCUUGUCCAUGAGUGACUUGAGGCUCUAUUUUCCUUUUGUUAUGGUCUAGUGUUGUGCUCUUUUAUGGCUCCAAGUUGCGCCUCAUACAAAAGAGCUAUGCCUGGAUUGGACAAAAAUUGUUGAUUGAAAGGUAUA